AGCAAAUUAUUUUCUGAGGAUCAGUUGGCGAAGAAAACUUAGGAGAGCUAAAGAAUUUGUAAGCUAGCCAUGGCAGUAGCUGCGUUGUGCAGAUUCUUGGCCUUUCUAUUCCUUUUGCUUCGCUCUUUAGUUUGUUCAUCACUCUCGUUUGAUCUGCCAAGCAUUGGUCCUGAGGAUAAAGAUGUGCACAUUAAAGUGGAAGGAAAUGCAACCAUCACAAACCAGGGCAUCCAACUCUCAUCGGAGUCGCAAAACGAAGCCAGUCGAGCCAAGUAUGUUGAAUUGUUGCACCUAUGGGAUGAGGCUUCUGGAGAUUUAGCCGAUUUUACCACCCAUUUCACUUUCAACAUCGACUCAAAUGGUAGCACGAACUAUGGUGAUGGAAUGACCUUUUUCUUGGCUAAUUUUUCCACCCCAAUCGAUAUAAAGCUCACUUAUGGCGGCGGCCUUGGCCUAAUGAAUGGGUAUAAAGCAUCUGCAGAGCCUUUCGUUGCUGUGGUGUUCGAUACAUUCUCAAACAGUAUGGAUACGCAAAUGACAAAUGUAAGUAUCAUCGUUAAUUCUGUACUAUCACCCGAGGAGAGCACAGUAUGGUGGAACAACAUUACACAGGGGAAGAAUAACAAUGCUUCCAUAACAUAUAAUGCUACUUCCAAGAUUCUUCAAGUUGUUUUUACAGGAUUCUGGAAGGGCCAGUACUUGACAGGCAACCUAGCCAUAUUGUUGAUCUGUCUAAAUACUUGCCCGAAUUCGUUAACUUUGGCUUCUCAGCUGCAACAGGAGUUUCCAGUGAGAGAACCACUGUCAGGUCAUGGCAGUUCAAUUCCACUUCACUGAGGUCAGACAGUGUUUCUGUGUCUCCAGCUCCAGCUCCAAGUCCUCUCACUACCCAAAACCAUAAUAAUAUUAGUAGUUUAGUCAAUCCU